GAAGAAAAUCGAAAAAUAAUCGGACCAUGGAUUGCGUGAGCGCCUUCUCUGGUACCCUUUGUACCAGCUACAGCCCUUUCAUAAAACACGUUCACGUAUAAGGCGAAAUGGAAAAUUCCUUGGAGGAGCCGCCGCAAUUAAGCACACGCAGUGGUGCGCUUGUGCUGAAAAGCAUUUCCCUAUUUCUAACCGCGAAUCGAAAUUCAAAAUCUUCAUUACCCGACAAUAGUAAAACCAAACAAAAGCGAAAAGUAAUGUCCAAUAAAGACGCAAAGUGUCCGCCUCGCAUCUACGAAAUGGCAAAACGCGACACUCACUUCCUCAAAAAUGAGAUUAUAGCUCUUUAUAAAAUAUAUCGACGAUUAGUUGGAAUGAAAAGACCAAUACCUCGAUCGGAAAAAGCAGCGGGGGGAGUAAAUGUAUCACUUAUGGGAAAACCGACAAUAGCCCAAGAAGGAAUCGAUAGGAGUGUAUUUCGCGAACUUCUCCACAACACCUUCGAUUUGAUUACCGAGGAUAUGUUGAUGGACCGCAUAUUUUGCGUAUGGGAUAAAAGCAACGCCGGUUUAUUGACACUGGAAACAUGGUUUAGUGGACUGUCGACAUUUCUAAAGGGCACCAUUAAUGAAAAGUUAGAAUUUUGCUUCCACGUGUAUGACCUGAAUUCCGAUGGCUACGUGACAAAAGAUGAAAUGUUUCAACUUUUAAGGAAUUGUUUAAUCAAGCAACCUCAAGAUGAAGAUCCAGAUGAAGGUGCUAAAGAUUUAGCGGAAAUAGUAAUGCGGAAAUUAGAUAAAGACAAGGAUGGAAAGAUUUCUUUAGAGGAUUACCAAUCAUCUAUAUUAGAAGAGCCGCUGCUUUUGGAAGCUUUCGGGCGCUGCUUGCCAGAUGAAAGAGCAUGCAAUACGUUCCUUUCUACCAUGAGAGCUUAAAUUCUCAAACGUAAUGGUAGUCUUAAGCAACACCGUAGAUUAUCCUGAAAAAUGCAAUGUUAUUUCAAAAAAAUAAUACAACAUCUCUAAAAUGC